AUGGCAUUCGCUGGAAAAGAUCCACUAAGAGCUCCAAUAUCUCUUGCUCUAGACAAUAGAGGUAUCCACAACAACAAAGACCUCCUUACCAAUCUCAAGGAAGUCAAUUUCAGCCAAGGAAAGGAGUAUGAGCAGAGAUUUAAUCCACCCAAGGAGCCUUAUGCUUCUUCACCAAAUCAAGCUCCUCCAAACCAACAAGGUGGGAGAUUUGAAGGAAUCCUCCAACAGAUCAUGGAUGGCCAGAAGAGAAACAAUAAAGAGAUGUAUGAGAAGAUGGACACUUUGUUCAGCAAUCUCAACACCAAGUAUGAUGCUGUUGCCACUCAUGUGAAGAAACUAGAGACUCAAGUCACUCAAACUAUGGAAGCUGUUAAGAGACAGGAAGCUGAAUCCAAGAAGUCCUUUUGCAACUCAGCCUCCAUAGAAGAAAGAUUUGAAGACCAAGUUCCAUAA